AUGAACGCAGCACUCACACCGACGACGACGAUUCAGACGACGAGUUCUUCGAACGCGGCAGCUUUAGCAGCUUUAGCAGGAGCAGGAGCGGCACCAAAGAAGCCGAGACACCAACGCGUGGAAAUAUUAUGCCGCUCUAAAUCAUUCUCCCGAAAUUUCGAGGCUGCCGACGACGUCGAUGAGUGCUUCGUCGUGAACGCCGAAAAAUCAUUUGAUUCAUCAUCAUCAAGUCAGACGACGACGAUUCAGAAAACGACGACGAGAAGGAAAGCGAUGAUGGUCUCCGCUACGACCACCGCGUUCGCGUUCGCGUCGAUGGUGCUGAGUAUGGAUGAUACUAAUAAGAAUAAUUAUUACGCUUUCGCGGCUGAGGAAGAUGAGUCUUCUACUAAAAUGAUGAAUACGAAUACUAAUAAGAACACGACGACGUAUACCGACGAGGUGCUGAAAUUCAGUCUCUCGUAUCCGACGGAUUCGUGGCAGCUUUUAGUCGGCGAAACCGGCGGUUCGGGAGAUCGAUCGGGAUCUCGACAAGUCAUCGCGUUCGCGCCGAAAAACGCGAACCCGAAAGACGUGAACAUUUCUUUAGUGGCGACUCCAGUCGGGGCGGAUUACCCGAAGAUGGGAAGUUUCGGAUCGCCGUUCGAGUUCGGUUAUAAUAUGGUAAACCCGAUGAAUAAACCGAAAGCGAAGAAAGGCAGAGAGGACGAGGUGCAGUAUUCCGAGUUGAUUGAAGCGGGAAGUAAAGGGUUGAACUAUUUCGUGGAGUACGAGUUGACUCGUCCGAGCACGGGGAUUGAUUCGAAACAGUUAGUCGUGGCCGGGAUUGGGUACGACGGGAGAGUCAGUCAUCUCUAUUCGACGACCGCGCAGAUGCCGAAAGGAGAGGAAGAGAAGUGGAGACCAGAGAUUGAAAAGAUAUUAGAAUCGUUAGUGUUGCCGCCUCCGUUGUAUAAUUAG